ACUAUGAAUGAUUGCUCAUUACACGUUGAACUCUAUUUAGCUACAAGCAAGCGGUGACAACGCUCGAAUCCGACUAACAAGGGUUCUUUCUGUUCUAGAAUACCGCGACCUGUCAGCGCUUGAACGAUGGGCCGUGAGCGAGGCGCUCGAGCGCUGCAAGAUUUACAGGAGCAUCCGUGCUCGGCGCGCAAGCUCGCCGAGAGGGCGGCAUACAGUACAAUCAUCCAGAAGAGCGUGCCGCUGCCGCUCCCGGAAAGCCGACUGGUGUGUUUGGUCACGGAUUUGACCAUGGCCAUUGCCGCCGAGCGCACCAGCCAGGUGGCGAUAAACUACAAAGACCAGGACCCAGUCUCAUUCGCACGCAUGAACGCUCGCGUGCAGGCGCUGCUGCAGGCUUACGCCGCAGCCAACUGCCACGACUGGCGCUCCUUCGCGCGCUGGAGCGAUGCCGGCUACCUGCGGCACUUGCUGCACGAGUGCGACGAUUUUGAAUUGAUGCUCAUAUGUUGGAAGCCCGGCCAGACUAGCCGCGUGCACAACCAUGCCGACUCGCACUGCUGGCUGGCGGUGCUGGCGGGAGAGGUGCAGGAGACGCAGUACCGGCCGGUUGUGCCCAAGGCGGAGGCGGAGGCGGAGCCGCACGCGCCCGCCCCCCUGUCGGGGGCCUCACCGCCGGAGCUGUCGGCGCUGCUGCUGUCCGAGGCCGAGGGUUCCUCCGGCUGCAGCAGCCUCAGUAGCAGCGGCGAGAGCAACGCCUCGUUCGCCGCCGCGCAGAUGCAGGCGCAGUUCUCCAAGCUGCAGGAGCAGCGCAGGGAGCAGGCGGAGCGGCAGGCGGAGGAGCAGGAGAAGGGGCAGGCGGAGGUGCUAUGCUGCGAUGACCUGCGGCUGGUGCGCACACAGACGCGUUGUGUUCAGGUGGGAGGCGUGGCCUACAUCAACGACGGGCUGGCGCUGCACUGCGUCGGCUGCCCCGCCGCCGCCGAGUGCCCCAACGCCAUCGCGAGCACCGGCACCAACACCACAAGCACCGCCGCCAACAGUGGCAGCAAGGGCCCUGUGGCGGGUCAGGGCAGCUGCAGCGGCCGGAAGGGCGGCCGGGCCGCCGCCGCUAUGAGCAGCAGCGGCGGCCUCACCGCGCUUUUUGGCAGGCGCGUCAAUGGCACGAUCGGCAGUGGGUGCGCGGACGCGCUGGCCUAUCCGGCCGCGGCGGAUGGCGACAUGGCGACCGCAAACGGCGCCAACGGCUGGGCGUGCACGCUGCACCUGUACGCGCCGCCCAUCCGUCGCGUCAAGGCUUACGAGGCGGGUGGUCACGUGACGGAGUGCACGCCGGGCUUCUACUCCCGCCACGUGCUGCGGCCUUAGCGGCGUAUGUAGGCCGCAUGUGGGCUCGGGGGCCGCUGCGGCCUAAGGGCCAGUUGUGUGCGCCGGUGUGUGCGUCCGCGGUGCGCCCAAGGUCUGCGUGCUUCUAGUCAUUGUGUGUGUGGCUAUUCAUGUCUGACACCAGUGGGUGUAAAUUAUUUUAUGUACCAUAGAUGCAGAGGCGCAGUGGCGGCAGUGCAGCAGUUCUUGCCGCAGCCAUGGGCUAAACGCGGCCCGGGUUAAGGGUGCCAGCUGUAUGAAGUUCUCCUCGCCCUUACACAUGAGGUAGGACGGUGCAAGCAUGGCCAAGGCUGAGGCGCAAUAAACUAGUGUGGUGGAGACAGGUGGUGAGCCGCGUGUUGAUGUCAAUGCAAGCUGCUUCUCUCCGCGUCCCCGUGUUGCCAGCAGAGCGGUUGAUCAUUAUCAGUAUGCGAGGACAUGUAUUUUGGCUGUUCAUUAUUGAUAUGAUAGCACCGUACAUAAAGUUGGUGCGCACCGGAACACAUGUUACGAUCAGUAGAAGCUGUGUGAGACGGAUAUAUCAUGUUGCCGUUGUUUUUGAUGUGUGAGUAUGAGCUGAUUGGCUCUUGAUGGGUCUACAUCAACGCCCUACAUCAACAGCAGGCCAGGGACUCGUGGUAUGUGGUGAGUUGUGUGCCUGCUGGUUAGGUAAUCUGUGGGGCGCGACGUAUGGAACUCAGGAAAGGUGACUCGGUGAGGUGAAAUGCCUAAAACUCUAAAAGGCUUGGAAGAAGGAAGGGGUGUUUUAGUCGUGUCGGCAGGUUCCGCGUUAUCCUAAACUGCUUCCUUGCAAUGUUUUCCGCUUAACUGAUUGCACGUUAUGCGGUGAGGGCGUGUAAGAGCUGAGAAGA